AUGUCGUCCGAUUCCGCCGGAGCCACAACCGCCGGCAAUAUCCCCCCAAUUUCCGAGAAGAACGCAGAAACCCUAAACCUCAAUUCUACAGAGCUUUACUCAUCAGCAGUUUCCUCUGUUUCUCCACUGUUUCCCCCACCGUUUUCUUCUCUUUCAAUCCCUCCGCCAAACCGGAUUCCUAAAACCAAGUUCAUCGUCGAUUUCUUCCGCUUCCCACAAUCCUCCGAUUCCUCCUCCGUCGCUUUCUUCCUCUCACAUUUCCACUCCGAUCACUAUUCCGGCCUCUCUCCUUCUUGGUCUAGAGGAAUUAUAUUCUGCUCUCACAAAACCGCUCGCCUCGUGAAAGAAAUCCUUCAAGUUCCGUCACAAUUCGUCUUUCCUUUGCCUAUGCAACAGACGGUGAUGAUCGAUGGUUCUGAGGUUGUUCUGAUUGACGCAAAUCACUGCCCUGGAGCUGUACAGUUCCUGUUUAAAGUCACAUCGGAGGAAAACGGUUGUUUCGAGAGGUACGUUCACACUGGAGAUUUCAGAUUCUGUGACCCGAUGAGAUUGGAUUCGUUUCUUAGUGGUUUUAUUGGCUGCGAUGGGGUUUUUCUUGACACUACUUAUUGCAAUCCAAAGUUUGUUUUCCCCACUCAAGAGGAGUCUGUAGAUUACGUUGUUAGUGUGAUAGAUAAGAUUGAUGGGGAGUCUGUUGAUACAAAGAAAAAGGUCUUGUUUCUUGUUGCAACUUAUGUUGUUGGUAAAGAGAAGAUUCUGAUUGAGAUUGCGAGGAGAUGCAAGAGGAAAAUCUUUGUGGAAGCGAGGAAGAUGUCGGUUUUGUCUAUCUUGGGGUGUUGUGGGGAGAACGGAAUAUUUACCGAGGAUAGAAAUGAGAGUGAUGUUCAUGUUGUGGGAUGGAAUGUAUUGGGUGAGACUUGGCCGUAUUUUCGGCCGAAUUUUUUGAAGAUGAAUGAGGUUAUGAUUGAGAAAGGGUAUGAUAAGGUUGUAGGUUUUGUGCCCACAGGGUGGACUUACGAAGUUAAACGGAAUAAGUUUGCAGUUAAGUUUAAAGAUUCGAUGGAGAUACAUCUUGUACCAUAUAGUGAGCAUUCGAAUUAUGAUGAACUUAGAGAGUACAUAAAGUUUUUGAAACCUAAAAGAGUUAUUCCUACCGUUGGAGUUGAUAUCGAGAAGCUUGAUAGCAGGGAGGUUUAUAAAAUGCAGAAGCAUUUUUCUGGACUGGUAGACGAAAUGGCAAACAAGAAAGACUUUUUAUUGGGUUUCUAUCGCCAGUCUUACCAGAAGAAUGAGUCAUGCUCGUCUGAGGUUUGCAAAGGAGAAGAUAAAAAGGCAUGUGAAGACGGUGGAAUUAAUGUUCCCUUAUUGCAUGAUACAGCUCCAAAAAGUGAUUCUUCAGUGACUGAAAGAUUGCUGAUAGAAUUACGUGAUUGUUUGCCUGCUUGGGUCAGUGAAGAGCAGAUGUUAGAUAUGAUUAACAAACAUGCUGGUAAUCCUGUAGAUAUAGUAAGUAACUUUUAUGAACGUGAAGCAGAGCUUUACAAGCAAUCCUCUCGAACCUUGGAAAAUCAGGCUGUUUCGUUUGAUGAUGAUGUAACCGAGUUGCAACCAAAUCCUGAUAAGAGCACUUCUUCAGAUUGUCAAGUAAGUCAAAAAGGUUUUUCUUUACCAAGCAAAAUGGGUUUAACAAAGGGUACCAUUUCUCCUGGGAAAAGAGGUAAAAGCAUAGGCAGUAAGUCAAACAAGAAGGCCAAGAAAGAUCCAAAAUCGAAACCAGUUGGUCCAAGGCAGUCGACCAUAACUAAGUUCUUUGAUAAGGUCUUGGAUAGUGAAUCGAAUUCUGUUGGCGUUGGUUCAGAGACUGAAGAAUGCAAUACAGAUGAAAAGAUGGUCCACAGUGAUGCUACAGAAGCAUACAAAGAAGUAACAGAACAAUUUAUUGAUAUUGUUAAUGGUUCUGAAUCUUUAAGAGAUUAUGCUACUUCCAUCAUCCAUGAGGCUAAAGGAGAUAUAAAUAGGGCAUUGAACAUCUACUACAGUAACCCUAGUGAAAGACCUGGUGAGCAUGCAAGUGAGGGAGGACUCUCUAGCAAAUCAAUCCAGUUUCCGCAAUGUCCAGAAGCGUGUUCCUCUCAGGAGGAGAAGAAGGCAUCAGAAAAAUCAGGACAUGCAGGUAACUUAUGGGGGCGGACAUCAGCAGAGGAAAUUGUGGACAAAAAUUAUGUAUCUCUACCUCCAGAAAAAUAUAAACCUAAAGAGCACGCCUGUUGGAGGGAUGGACAGCCUGCUCCAUAUAUCCACCUUGUCCGAACAUUUGCUUCAGUUGAAGGUGAAAAGGGCAAGAUCAAAGCUAUGUCUAUGCUUUGCAACAUGUUUAGAAGCUUGUUGGCUCUCUCUCCAGAAGAUGUUCUGCCCGCUGUUUAUCUUUGCACAAAUAAGAUUGCCGCUGACCAUGAGAAUAUUGAGCUCAACAUUGGUGGAAGUCUAAUCUCUUCUGCAUUGGAAGAAGCAUGUGGAAUAAGUCGGUAUACUAUGAGGGAGAUGUAUAAUAGUAUGGGGGAUCUUGGGGAUGUUGCUCAGCUAUGUCGACAAACGCAAAAGCUCCUGAUUCCUCCACCUCCACUUCUAGUUAGAGAUGUGUUUUCAACUCUACGAAAGAUAAGUGUGCAAACAGGUACUGGAAGUACUAGGCAAAAGAAAGACCUUAUCGUGAAGCUAAUGCGCUCUUGCAGAGAGAAAGAGAUCAAAUUUCUAGUUAGAACAUUGGCUCGUAAUUUAAGGAUUGGCGCUAUGUUGAGAACUGUUCUGCCUGCAUUAGGGCGAGCAAUUGUUAUGAAUUCUUUCUGGAAUUGCCAUAACAAAGAACCAUCAGAAAAUUCUUUCAGAGAGAAACUCGAGGGUGUUUCUGCUGCGAUAGUUGAGGCGUACAAUAUACUUCCUUCUCUGGACGUGGUUGUUCCUUCUCUCUUGGACAAAGACAUUGAGUUUUCAACAUCAACUCUGUCAAUGAUCCCAGGGAUACCUAUAAAACCCAUGCUUGCAAAAAUUGCUAACGGGGUUCAAGAUUUUUUCAAGCUCUUCCAAAACAGGGCUUUUACAUGUGAAUACAAAUAUGAUGGCCAGCGCGCCCAGAUCCAUCAGUUACUUGAUGGUACUGUGCGCAUUUUCUCUCGAAAUGGGGAUGAAACAACUUCCCGAUUUCCUGAUCUGGUUAAUGUUGUAAAACAGUUUGCUUGCCCUGCUGCUGAGACAUUCAUGUUGGACGCAGAGGUGGUUGCAACUGAUAGAACGAAUGGAAACAAACUCAUGUCAUUCCAAGAGUUAUCGACAAGAGAGAGAGGGAGCAAAGACGUUUUAGUAACUACAGAAAGUAUCAAGGUUGAAGUCUGCAUCUUUGUGUUUGAUAUUAUGUUCAUCAAUGGUGAACAGCUGUUGGCUCUUCCCCUCCGCGAGAGACGAAGACGUCUAAAGGAGGUCUUCCCUGAGACUAGGCCAGGUUAUCUGGAGUGUGCUAAGGAAAUCACUGUGGGAGCAGAAGAAGUGUCUUUGAACAAUCAAGACACUUUGUGUAGAAUAAAUGCUUUUCUAGAAGAUUCAUUUCAGUCAUCUUGUGAAGGAAUCAUGGUUAAAUCUUUAGAUGUUGAUGCCGGAUACUGCCCCACAAAGCGUACUGAUUCAUGGCUCAAGGUUAAGCGAGAUUAUGUAAAAGGAUUAGGUGACACAUUGGAUUUAGUUCCUAUAGGUGCUUGGCAUGGCAACGGGAGAAAAGCAGGAUGGUAUAGUCCAUUCCUCAUGGCCUGCUUCAACCCUGAGACUGAGGAAUUCCAGAGUGUCUGCCGUGUCAUGUCUGGGUUUUCUGAUGCCUUUUACAUCGAGAUGAAAGAAUUCUACUCUGGGGAUAAGAUCCUAGCGAAAAAGCCGCCUUACUACAGAACAGGGGAGACACCUGACAUGUGGUUCUCCGCAGAGGUUGUAUGGGAAGUCAGAGGUGCGGAUUUCACCGUCUCACCAGUUCACAAUGCCGCUAUAGGUCUUGUCCAUCCAUCCCGAGGCAUCUCUGUUCGGUUUCCGAGAUUUAUCCGUAAAGUGACGGAUAGAAAUCCCGAGGAAUGCAGCACGGCUGCAGAUAUCGCAGAGAUGUUUCAUGCGCAAACCAGAAAAAUGAAUAUCACGGAUCAACACUAA